AUGCGCAUGGGGCUGACGGAGGCUCCCCCAGGAAUCCCCCACGAGCUGCGGGUGCUGCAGCCGCCCACCGAGGCGCCCCGCGCCGACGCCGCAGCCUCUCCCCUUCCUUCCUCUGUGGGCCUGCUCUUGCAGGAGCCCCCUGACUCCUCCACCAGUCCCCACAUCACCCCGCCCAGCUGCCUGGAGGAGGCCUCGGGAAAGAAGGAGGAGGGGAAGGUCCCUGGGAAGAAGCAGAAGGUCCGCACCGUCUUCUCCCAGACGCAGUUGUGCGUGCUGAACGACCGCUUCCAGAGGCAGAAGUACCUCAGCCUGCAGCAGAUGCAGGAGCUGUCCAGCCUCCUGAACCUCAGCUACAAGCAGGUGAAGACUUGGUUCCAAAACCAGAGAAUGAAAUGUAAGCGGUGGCAGAAAAGCAACUGGCCGCAGAACAGCACCAGCACCCCUCAGAAGGGCCCAUCCCCGGCGGAGUACCCAAGCGUCUGCUCCAACUACGCCCAGGGCUACCUGGUGAACACCUCGGGGAACCCGGUGUGGGGCAACCAGACCUGGAACAAUGCAGGGUGGGGCAGCCCCUCCUGGAACCCUCCGCAGGCCUGGUGCCCCCAAGCCUGGAAUAGCCCCAUCCCCGGCUGUGGGGAGGAGGCCCUGCAGCCUUGCCUGCCCUUCCCGCAGAACUUCCCUGCCAGCGACUUAGAGGCCGUCCUGGAAGCAGUUGGGGACAACUACAAAUACCUCAGCGCCCCCCAGUCCUUGGAUCUGCUCCUGAAUUAUCCCCCGAACCCGCAGCCUGAAGACCUGUGAGGAUGGAGGCUGUGUUCCCACCUGGAUGACCCCGGACCUCCCUCCGAGGACUUGCUGUUUUAGGGGGAGGAUUGCCUGGUGGUGUCCUGGUCCCCACUGUGCCUGUGGGGACAACUGGGGCUGUGCAGUAGGACUGGAAUCUGAACGAGGAGCUUGGUGACCCUGCAGCCCAUGGCUGGAUACAGAUAAGCAGCUGGGGUGCUGUCCAUGGGGCUGGAGGUGGACCCCAGCCUCAGGAGCAGGUGCUUGGGACUGUACAGAAAAUUCAGUUUCCUGUGAGUUUGGGGCUUUGCCUCUUAACACUGGGCCCGGGGUGUAUAUGGCUCAGGGCCAGGGUGCUUGCUCCGCACACUUGAGGGCCCUGACUUCCACCCCUGGAACUGUAGAAAGACCCAUUGUGCGGAGCUGGGAAUGGAACCCAAGGCCUUCUUCCCAUUUAGCUGCAUUCCCACCCCACAGCUUUCCCUGAGGCUCUGAUAUCUCAACUGGGCCCCCACAUCUGGCUAUGAAUAAAUGCAUAUUUGUAAGAGUUGUUCUGGGUGAAGGGUUGAAUUUAAUCACUGCACUGACACCCCCACCCCCUCCCCGAGUUUACCGUGAUC